CUGAUCAAUCGAAAACAUAAAUUAAACCCGAAAUAAUAUUUAAUUGUCCUAAGUGAUGAAUACCAUUACAUUUCCGAUGAUUUAAGUUUUUCACCGUAGACAAGCUCCCUCUAGGAAGAGGACACGCGCAAGCUCAUAUUUUACGUGCUCGCUGCCGAUUCUGUGCGUGUUGACGUUAAUUUUCCGUUGAUUGUUGGCUUCACCCAUACUGGGUGACGGGGGACAGUAAAGAUGGCGUCGGCAGAAUUUCUGUGUGUGAUUACCCAGAGAAGAUGACGACUUUGAGCUCAUUAACUCCGUCUCACGCCGAAGUGUCUUCAGUGUUCACUUAAAACAACCUGAGAUACAGACUGCGCCCCGCAAGGACCUGUUGACAGAGAUCCAAAAGCUGAAGUCAAAAUAUAUAGAUAUAUAUAUCGCUAAAGCAACCCAUGGAGGAUAUCAACUCCAACAUUAACGCAGACUUGGAGGUGCGGAAGCUUCAAGACUUGGUGAAGAAGCUCGAACAGCAGAAUGAGCAGCUCCGGAGCCGGUCCACUCUCCUCGCCUCGUCGGGCGGCGUGUCAGGGAAUGUGAGACCCCUCAGCGCUGGAUUCGACUCGCCCCUGUCUGUCGGAGCGGCCGCGGGGCUAGUCGGUUUCUCAGGGGUGGGGUUCGGAGGGAACAGGGGCUAUGAAGUGGUUUUGGAAAACUCCCGUUGUCUGAGUCCGAGACAAUCAUACGAUAGCCCGGGGUAUGGGAGGGCGUACGAGGCUGCAGCUGCUCAAGGCUCCUCUUAUUUGGCCGAUAUGGGGGAUUUCACCGAAGAAGAAGAAGGAGAAACUUCUGUCUUGGAUGAGGUGGAAAUCCUCGAUCUCGAAGACAUGGACUGUCUUAACGAGGAGGAGGACAGCUGGUUGUAUGAGGCUAAGAUGAACAGUCCCCUGCAGAAGGCGGUGAGCCCCAUUGCUUGGUGCCGACAUGCCCUGGACCACCCCAGCCCCGACAUGGAGUCCGCCAAGCGCUCCCUCAUCCACCGCCUGGACCUCACCAUGUCAGCGAGUAAGAGGCGGAGUCUCUACAGCACCCCCUACAGCCCACCCACAGGAAACAGCCCCUACAGCAGCGGCUUCAACUCGCCAUCAUCCACUCCUGCCAGAGCGCCCAUCGUCAAGCAGCUAGUGCUGCCUGGCAGCGCAGGGCCCCAGCGGACCUCAGCAGAAAAGAACCCUCCAGCAGUGAGCCCGCAGUCGUCGGUGGACAGUGAACUCAGCACUUCAGAGAUGGACGAGGACUCUGUGGGCUCAUCCUCCACCUACAAGCUCAAUGACGUCACUGAUGUGCAGAUCCUCGCCCGCAUGCAGGAGGAGAGUCUGCGGCAGGACUACGCUGCCACUGCGUCUCGGCGUAGUUCCGGCUCAUCCUGCCACUCCCUGCGGCGCGGAACCUUCAGCGACCAGGAGCUUGAUGCCCACAGCCUGGAGGAUGAGGAGGAGGCCAUGCACCCUGCCUUCCACCCGCCAGUCAACCGCUUCAGCCCCUCCCCUCGCCCCUCACCCCGCCAUUCCCCCCGCCACUCCCCCCGGAACUCCCCCCGCUCCCGCUCCCCCGCCCGCUCGCUGGAGUAUGGCCACACACACAGCCGCGGCUCUCCACAGCCAAUCAUCAGCCGCCUGCAGCAGCCCCGCCUCUCCCUGCAGGGCCACGCCCCUGACCCGCAGACCAACGCCAUCAAGAAUGAAGAGAAGUUGAGGCGGAGCCUGCCUAAUCUCUCUCGGUCGGCCGUGGCUCAGGCUGCAGAGCCGGUGAAGAGCAGCAGGAGCUGCGAGUCCAACCUGCAGGAGCCCAACGGCUCUCCCCACGCCCGCCACCCCACGCCCCAGUGCGCCACCCCGCCCAGCAGGUACUCACAUGCCCCCCGCACCGCUCGCUCUUCCCCGAAAACCAAAGCGCAGCUUGGCCUGCCAGCCAAUCAGAGCCCAUCUUCCUUACGAGGUAACGGCCUGCCAGCCAAUCAGAGCCCAUCUUCCUUACGAGGUAACGGCCUGCCAGCCAAUCAGAGCCCAUCUUCCUUACGAGUCCCCUCUCCCAGUAAGCUGCGAGCUCCAGCCACGCCCUCUCCCCUGUCUCUGCGCCAGCCAGUCAAGGCCCUCUCCAGCUCAGGCUCCACCCCCUCCUCAGGCACAGCCACGCCCACUCGCUCCCUAGGCCCCGCCCGCAGUGGCCUGCCACGCCCCUCUGUCUCGUCAGGGGGCGGAGUCUCCGCACCACGGAGCAAACUGGCUCAGCCUGUCCGCAGGUCCCUCCCGCCCCCCCGCUCCUACAGCGGUGCCAAGGACGACAGCUGGAGAGAGGGCUGCUACUGAGGGGGCGGGGCCCAGUCGCUCGCCCAAUCAGCACGGACCGCCAGAGAUGACCUCGUCGCACUUUAUGAGAGAGGAGAGAGAGAGGAGAAAAAUCCCAAAUCAAAAAACAUAAAAAGAACAACAAACAUUUCAUACAAUCACCCUUUCACCCCACGAUCCGCCCCAAACCCCCGUAGACCCGCCCCAAACCCCAAACCCCAAACCCCAAACCCCCGUAGACCCGCCCCAAACCCCAAACCCCCGUAGACCCGCUCCGGCCAAUGCCAAAGAACCCACUGGCACUGUGGCGGUAUCAGAGGGACCCGUUAGCCAGAGAGCCAAACCAGACUACCCUCCUACACCCUGCACCCUGCAGACUACCCUCCUACACCCUGCACCCUGCAGACUACCCUCCUACACCCUACAGACUACAGACUACCCUCCUACACCCUGCACCCUACAGACUACCCUCCUACACCCUGCACCCUGCAAACUACCCUCCUACACCCUGCAGACUACCCUCCUACACCCUACAGACUACAGACUACCCCCCCAAACCCUACAGACUACAGACUACCCUCCUACACCCUGCACCCUACAGACUACCCUCCUACACCCUGCACCCUACAGACUACCCUCCUACACCCUGCACCCUACAGACUACCCUACAGACUACCCUCCUACACCCUGCACCCUACAGACUACCCUCCUACACCUUGCACCCUACAGACUACCCUACUACACCCUGCACCCUGCAGACUACCCUCCUACACCCUGCAGACUACACCCUACACCCUGCAGACUACCCUCCUACGCUCCUCCUAUCCUUCCAGACACAUUUCAGGGGCGGGGCCUGGCGUGGCCAGAGGGGCUGUGAUUGGCUGGGACCUGGCAGUACUCCUGUAUCUAUGCACCUGGCCCCUCGGCACCUUUGUACAGGUGUGUGUUACCUGUGCGAAACCCCCCCAGUGGCCUGGGGACGGCCUCUGACCUCUGACCUCUGACCCCUGUGAAGUGCCUGUGUUGAUCAGAUAAAUCGUUUGAACCCCCCUGGAAACGGACACAAAACAAACAAAAACAACCCUAAAUUCCAUUUCCUGUCAGCUGAGCUGGAAGAUGAUUCUGCUUUUAAUUUGUGAUAUUAUUUAUUUAUUAUUUGAAUUUAUUUAAAGGGUUUUUUUGCAGGAUAUAUACGAAUGACACAUAACGCAGUAUUCAUUUAUUUUAAUUGAAUUGUAAUUGUUGGUUAUAAUUCUAUUUUGUUCUAGUUUGUUUUGGAACCAUUUUGAAUAUCAGGAAGCUUAUUUUCAAAGAGAUUUUUCCAAAGUGUGUUAUUCCCGUGUGAUGUCCUGGUGAAAGAGUGACAUCAUCACUGCCCUCACAGACGGUGAUGAGUUCAUUUGUAGAAGUGUGGGGUUGUGCCGCAGAAUGGUGAUGUCAUGAGUCUCACACACACACACACACACUCACACUCACACUCACACACUCACACUCACACUCACACACUCAUACUCACACACUCACACCCCACACAGACACACACACACACACAGAUCUCACACACACACCCCACACACACACAGAUCUCAUACACACCCCCCCCCCCACACACACACACACACACACAGAUCUCAAACACACCCCACACAGACACACACACACACACACACAGAUCUCACACACACACCCCACACACACACAGAUCUCAUACACACCCCCCCCCCCCCCCACACACACACACACAGAUCUCAUACACACACCACACAUACACACACACCUUGCACACAACCAACACACCCCACACACACAGCCUAUAGAUCACAAAAGCACACGGCAGGGUAUAACAAUUACCUUAUAUCUGUGUGCGUGUGUGUGUGUCAGUGUGAGUAUGUAUGUGUCUGUGUGAGUGUGUGCGUCUACGAGUGUGUGUGUGUGUGUGUGUGUGUGUGUGUGUGUGUGUGUGUGUGUGAGAGAGAGAGUGUGUGUGCCGCCUCUCUCUUGCUGUGCUAACAGGAAGCUGGGGGGGGGGGGGGGGUAGUUUGAAGCCUUGCUCCACAGAUGUGUGCGCUGCAGUAAUGCUCCCCACAGAAACGAGUGCCUAUGAUUUAAUGAGUUCUGCAGUGACUUACUUUUGAAUGUGACCUUAGUUUCCCUUUCGGUGCCAAUGACUUUAUUUUGCCAAUUUAUUAGUGCAAGAAAAGCCUGACGUGAUCUCUGCUCGAGGUUCUAAAAAGAAAUGUCAUGGUGAUGCUUUUUGUUUUAGCAAUUGCCUAAAAAAAAUUCCCGAGAAGUAUGUUGAAUGUGCUGUGAUAUUUUCAAAGAGAAACGCUCCUCCUGUAAGAGAGGAGAGCAGAGUAAGAGAGGCCGGCCAUUUUGUGCGAUUGUUUUGUUUACACUUUUAUAUCCACAACAUGACUACUUUCCGCUUCUAAAGUCACAUUUCAAAUAAAAGUUUAGAAACUU